AUGACCGAAGCAGGUCUUAAUACGGUUAAUUUAAGCACGAUGACGAUUUUUCAACAGGUUAUUCUUUGGUUAUUGAUUGUGGUUGGAAGUGCAAUCUUUGUUAGUGUGGCGACUGUUAGAACGAGGAAGAGGGCUUUUGAGGUUAGGUUUGGAGAGGUGGUUGGAAGGCAGAAAGAGGAAAGGAGGAGAGAAAGGAUGAGGAGUGGGAGUAGAGAGGCUGUAGAGAGUAGGAGGGGAGAUGUUGGUGUGGGGGUAGGGGAUGGAAGUGGAUUUAUGAAAGAUAAUUGGAAGUUUCCUUCUAUUGGAGGUGGGAAAAAUGGAGAUGAAGAUAUUGUUGAGAUGAAUGAAGGAUUGAAAAUUCGACCAGCUGAAGGAAAGACUGAUGAAAAUUGUAUGACGGCUAUUUCGGAAAUUUCACCUCUUGGCGGUAUACCAAAAGAUGCAGGAGAUCAUAUUACAUUUGCACCAGAUGCAUACCCAGGAAAUGGAAAAGGAAAAGCAAAGGACAUUACAGUAGGAAGUUCAAAUGACGGAACUUCAACAGCAGCUCGAUCUACGAAUUUUCAAACACCAACCUCCACCUCGGAAACCAAUACACUAAAACAUCGAAUCAAUGAAAUAAAUACACCACUUCGCCACUCACAAACUGGUCAACAAGAUCUAGCUCCUCUUCAAUAUCCAUCUUACUUAAAUUCUAAUACCACUGGCCGUAAUGCUCAAUUUCAUGGUCUAUCACGAGCAGAAAGAGAACAUUUAGGUGGUGUUGAAUAUCGAGCUAUAUCAUUUCUAGCCUGGUUAGUACCUGCUUAUUUUAUUCUUUGGCAAGUACUUGGAGGAAUAGGACUGGGUGCUUAUAUGGCUUAUAAUAAGAGUAACGUUGCUCUUGAGAAUGGAAUUAAUCCAUGGUGGUUGGGAGUUUUUAAUGCUAUUAGUGCAUUUAAUAAUUCGGGGAUGAGUUUAUUGGAUUUAAAUAUGAUACCCUUUCAAACUUCAGUCUAUACCCUCUUAACAAUGGGUUUGUUAAUCCUCGCUGGAAAUACAGCUUACCCACUCUUCUUGCGCCUAAUCCUUUAUACACUCCUCAAACUCCUUGAUACUUUCCCUAACUUCCUCUCUCCUUUCCAACACCACAAAGCAACUCUCCUUUUUAUCCUCCGUUAUCCUCGUCGUGUCUAUACCAAUCUCUUUCCUUCACGCGCAACAUGGUGGCUACUCUUCAUGGUCAUAACACUUAACUCUAUCGAUUGGAUCGCCUUUGAACUCCUUAAUAUUGGCAAUUCCGCAACUCAAGUUAUCGAACCUAGAUAUAGAGUUCUCGAUGGACUUUUCCAAGCAAUUGCCGUUAGAAGUGGUGGAUUUUAUAUCAUAAGUAUACCAACUUUACGUAUUGGUCUACAAUUUUUAUACGUCGUCAUGAUGUAUAUCAGUGUAUAUCCCGUCGUUAUAACAAUGCGUCAUUCCAAUGUCUACGAAGAACGUAGUUUGGGUAUCUACACCAAUGAUAUCGAUCCAUCUCAUCAUACCUCAAGAAUAGGACGAAGAAUGAAGAAAAUAAAACGAUCCUUUUCCGGUCGAGAAAUUACUACUUCCUCAUCAUCUGAAGUAAUAAGUAAUUCCGCGCAAAAAGAUAAAGAAGAAACAACAGGAUCUCAAUUUAUUCACCACCAACUCCGUUCACAACUCUCCCAUGAUCUAUGGUGGUUAACUCUCGCUACUUUCCUGAUCGUCUGUAUAGAAGCUUCUUCCUUUGAGAAAGAUCCAGUCACUUAUAGUGUGUUUAAUGUUAUCUUUGAGGUGGUGAGUGCGUAUGGUUGUGUGGGGAUUAGUACGGGUUUGCCGGAUCAGGAUUAUAGUUUUAGUGGGGGUUUGAAGAGUGCGAGUAAGGUUGUUUUGGUGGCGGUUAUGGUUAGAGGGAGGCAUAGGGGGUUGCCGAGGGCGUUGGAUAGGGCGGUUAGAUUGCCUGGGUGGGAGGGGGAGGGUUUGGGUGGUGAGGGUGGGGAGCAUAGGGGGAGGGAUGAUGGGGAGGAGGAGGUUUUUGGUGAAGAUGGUGGGAAUGGAGAUGGAGGUAGAGAAGGAGAUAGAGAUGGGGCAGAAGGACAGGGAUUGAGAAAAAGAAGAUUUAGUCGUGGAGUGGCUGAUUUGGAGGAGGUUUAA